AUGACAGCCGACUCGCUCGACCAGAGCGCUGCCCGCGGGACAUCCCACACACUUACCGGCGGCUCAUCCAACAACACGACAUUGGACAGCCCCCCAUUCCACCCAGAAAAGGAGUCCCGCUCUCACCCCUCGCGGCCCUCCUCCCGUCACUCUCAACUCACCACCACCUCUUCAGGUUCCUCCAACGGCGACCCCCUAUCCCCCCUCGAACACGCCCUCGGCCGAACCACAUCCAUCCCCCAAACCGACGCCAUCUACCAACAAGAUGCCGACAACAACAACAACAACAACCACCUCACCCACACCCGCACCGGCCGCACCUCCAUCACCUCUGCCGCCUCCCGCCCCCCAGACUACGAAGUCACCAUCUCCACGGACGACCCCGAGCACCCCAUGAACUGGCCCUUUUGGUACAGGACCUACACCAUCCUCACGGUCUCCUACUCCACCUGGGUUGUAGUGCUCUACUCAACCUCCUACACAGCCACCCUCCCAAAAAUAAUGGACGAAUUCGACAUCACCUCCAAACCCAUCGCCACCCUGGGCCUGACAACCUACCUCCUAGGCCUAGCAGCUGGCUCGGUGAUCGUAGCCCCCAUGUCGGAGCUCUACGGCCGCAGACCAGUCUACCUCGUCUGCCUCGCCGCGUUUAUUGUUCUCAUCAUCCCCUGCGGAUUAGCCGACUCGUUGUCAGAGAUGGUAAUAGUCCCCAUGAUCUCCAACUCUCCCGGAACAGUAGUCGACAUCUCCUCAGACAAGUACCUCGCCCUCUGCAUGUCACUAUGGUCCAUCGCCCCCCUCAACGGUCCGGUCACCGGCCCCCUGAUCGGCGGCUUCGUCAACGACUACCUCGGCUGGCGGUGGGGAAACUGGUUGGCCAUCAUCCUCUCCGGCAUCGCUUUUGUCCUCACCUUUUUCGUCCGAGAAUCCUACCUGCCCACGCUGAUAAAGCAGAAAGCCGCGCGGAGGAGGAAGGAGACGGGGGAUGAGAACUGGUGGUGUAAAUACGACCAGCGGUCUGUUUCAACAUGGGGGUUGCUGAAGCUGAAUCUGUCCCGGCCGUUUGUGCUCGCGGUGACGGAGCCGAUUUUGUGGUGUUUUAAUAUCUGGUGCCUGCCGUCCCCCUUCCUGUUGUCUCUGGAACAUCCCCGGCUAACAAUGCCCCCUAGGAUAUCCGUGAUCUACGGCAUCCUCUACCUCUGCUUCAUCGCCUACCCCAUCAUCUUCACCCAGCACCGCGGCUGGUCACCCUCCCUCACCGGCCUCUCCUUCCUCGGCAUCGGCCUCGGCACCCUCAUCUCCAUCUUCCUGGAACCUUUGUGGCGGAAAAUGAUAAACUCCUCCCCUAAACGCGACCCCCUCAACCCGUCCCGCCCGGCACCAGAAGCCACAGCGUUGAUCAUGUGCGUCGGUGCCGUCCUCACCCCCAUCGGCCAGCUCGUCUUCAGCUGGACCAGUCUCCCAGCCUCAAUCCACCCUUCCAUCUCCCUCCUGUUCGGCUCCGUUCCCUUCGGCAUGGGCAACACGCUUUCGUUCAUUUACGGGAGCAACUACCUCGCGGGAGCGUACGGGAUAUACGCCGCUUCCGCGCUGGCAGGGAACGCGGUGAUGAGAUCAGUGUUUGGGGCUGCGCUGCCGCUGGCGGGGCCGGCGAUGUACAAAGCCAUGAGUCCGCAGUGGGCGGGGACGUUUCUGGGGGGGUUGGAGGUGAUGCUGGUGCCGAUUCCGUUCUUGUUUUAUAAGUGGGGGGAGAGGAUUAGGGGGAAGUCGAGGGUGAUCAGGCUGAUGAGGGAGGAGAGGGAUAGAGAGGAGAAAACGGCCGAGAGGAGGCGGAAGAGGGCGGCGAGGAGGGCGGCGAGGGGUGGGAGGGAUGUUGAAGGGGAGGAGGGGGAGGGGGAAAAGACAGAAGUGGAGGAGGGGAAAGGACGGGGAAGGGAGAUGGGGGUUUAG